AUGUCGCUCAGUCAGCCCCCUGUUGAACUCAGGGGUCACUGCUCCGUCGUCCAUGACGGCGUUCUUUAUGUAUUUACGCCCGAUGCCUUUAUGUCGCUCCCACUGGAGCGCGGUGGGGAAUGGUCGAGGCUUCGUAUGGAAGUGCCUGUCUCAGACGCAGCCUGCACACUGGGAGGUGUGGAUGGUAACCCGAAUGACCCAGGUAUUUACGUGAUUGGAGGGAAAUCCGAUUCGCCUGACUACAGCGGCAUUCAGCUCUAUUCGCUGCGGACAAAAAGAUGGAAGCGAUUGGAUCUUCAGGGUAACACGGACAUCAAAAAUCGCAUCCAUCAUGGCGUUAGCUACCUGACCGCUUCCUCUUCACUCUUAGUCUUUGCUGGCAGCCAAAAUGGACACAUCAACCCGUCUACGCAAACAUUCCUUAUUCCUGCUGCUCCCCCACACGUAGUUGCGUCAUUUAACGCCCCAGUUGACCCAGCAGUGGAUCCGUUACUGUUACCCUGGAGUGAAGACUCUGCAUUUAUGGUUGGAGGUGGCCCUUCUAAUACCAAAACAUAUACUUUCAACAAAGCCGAAGGAUGGCGAGACACCGGAGUUCCCAUAAUUCAACCUUUGCCAGAGAAGUCCAAAGUUCAAUGCGCAAUGCUACUUGGUGCAGACGGUAGCCGAGUCCUCGAAGUUUUUGACGUGAGUAGGUCUCCUAAUUCUGUUUCACGAUACGUGAUACUUCGCGCAGGUGGUGUGGCUGCUGGCCCUGGUGAGGAAAUUGGUGGCAGUGCUACCGGCCCAAAAAAACAAAAAAGGGACGAUGUGAUUUUGGCAACUUUCCCCAAAUACAAUAGCAAAAACGCCCCGAAUUCGACUCUCGAUGAUUUCUCCCUUGCCCAGGAUGGGAAUGGUUUGGUAGUCAUAACCGGGCGCCAUUCUGAUUAUCCAGUGAGGCUUUUCGACCAGUCUAAAAAUAGUUGGGUUGAUGCGAAGCAAUUGCUCCUUGGAGACGAAACUAAUUUCCUCGCGACUCCUAAUAUUCCCACAUCUGCUUCGGCUUUGCCAUCUUCGUCUUCAUCCAUUGCGCCAUCUUCUACUGGUGCCCCUGAAUUGGUGCCUGGAGUUGGGAAUAGACGGACAUUGUCGAUCGUAGGCGCGACCCUUGGAGCGAUUCUGGGCGUUGCCGCACUCUUGAUCCUUAUCCUUCUUUUCAUCGGUUGGAGAAAACGACGAAAUCGGUACAUGAACCGGGGCAGAAAUGGCUAUCAGGAGGAUAAAGAUCGACUCAGCUUCCAGGACCAAGGGAUGGAGCCACUAACCCGCUCUGUUGAGCCAAUGGCAAGAGGGCCAGUACCCUCGACAAAUUCUUGGGCCAUAAUGUCUGGUCAAGUUGAUGACAAACCGUCAAAAGCUACUACUAUUCCCAUGCGCCCCAGCCCGGCUCUAAGCGCUCUAGAAAAGGAAACUGGCGGCCGAAGUCCUCUUCGACAAAUCCAUACGGCUAACCUUCCAGGCGAGAAUUCGAUACCACUUCCAGGCGAUGAAGAUUCUACUCGAGGCGAUCGACGUACCGACGAAGGAUGGAGCAAAUAUUUCCAGGGUGAUAAUGAGGCAAACCUAGCUAGAGACACAUCUGCUAGAUCAUCAGGGGCAUCUUCACAGAUGACAAAGUCAGACUACAGGAAUAGUGACUGGCCUACGAUUUCAUCUGAUGUUGCACCCUUAAAAAUUAACCAAUUGGGCAAACCCCAACCUAUCAAUCGUGUUGUCUCUGGCAGCCCAGGCACCCAACAUGCACCAAGACUAGGCGAGUCCAUUGUCAUGCAACAGGGAUUGAAGGCAAAAAUCUCCAGUGGAGAUUCCAUUAGCAUCGCCUCUGACGACUAUGAGGAUGAGAGAUAUUCAUCUGGGAUGCCAGUAAAUAUACACGACGACUCAGGCUGGUCUGCCACAGGAGGACAUCAUUUCGCGGACGAGCGAGUCGCCAGUAGCAACUACUCUGGUAGCUUGUAUCAGCCACCUUUCGCGAAUCAAGCAAGAGCGGAGCGCCCGGUUACCUUGUGGCCAUCGAACGCACCCGAAUCUUCUAAUACACCAGAUAGCUCUAAACCAGAGAAAAGCGCGAAUACAGAUAUGAGCUGGUUGAAUCUUAAGGGCACGCGUUAACCAUUGAUUUGAAACAUGUGGACAAACAAUAUUCAUCCAGCCCAACUUGAACUCAUACUUUCCUGUUUCUUCUGACCUUAAAACACCUUUUGUUCCAUCUAACCGCAACAUCCGGCUGGCACACUGUUGAUCCCAUCCCUCAUCUUAACUAUCCACACCGAUAUCCCGUCCCAUCGAUCCGUAUGCUUGAUACAACAUCUGAUAUGUCUGUCUGCUAACCGCCAUCCUGACCCCUCUGGCUUUGUUCGUUCAUUGUAUGCCCUCACUUCAUUCUCAUCAUCAUUUUUUCGUAUAUUUUGUUCUCCUUAUAUCCUCAUUUGCCUUACCACCCCGUCACCACCCACUGAACACCGAGCCGGUUUCUUUCAUUUUUGAAACUUCUUUUCUUCUACUCUCUGCCUCUUUCUUUGACUUCUCUGUAUCAUUAAUAUUUAUUCAUUUCAUUUUUUUAACCUUUCAUCUUGCCUGCGAUACCUCUUUACCUCUUAUUUCCACAACUAGUUCAUUUUUUGUUUUUCUUCCAUUUUUUACCCACCAUGGCCUAGCAAUCAGUAUCAGUCAGUUUUCUACGUAUAGAGUUAUCACUCAAGCAUUC